AUGGAGGAAGACAAACCCUCCCUCCUCCAACCUUUCAUACCCCAUUAUUCCACUCUCUCCUCCUCCCAUUCACACCAUCAUCACAAUCUCAAAAACAUAACUUCCGACACCAACAACAACAUCAUCGGAAUCCUCGCAAUUCUCUCACUAGCCCUAAUCUCAAUAUGGGCCAACUACGAAGCAUCCAAAGCGUUCAACAUUUCCAUAGUAAACGACGCCAAAGAUUCCCCCGCGGGACGUCGUUUUGCUCUCUCCUAUGUCUCAAACGACAGAGCCACUCGCAUUAUCCUCAACACAAGCUCCUACGUGGAACACUUCCUUUACCCUAAUAAUAAUGUUUACCCGAAGAAACACAUAGAUAAAGUCACACUUCGCCUUCCUAAACGGAACCUCAACGCCACCGUCGCCGUCUACGCCGCCGGGAACCUCCACCACGGUGGUGGAAAAAGCUCCAACAGCUACGUCAUUGAGAUUACUCCUAUGUUACUCGCAGACAAAGGGUACGAUAAAAUGGCCAUAGUGGGUGCAAUCCUACGUGGCAUGGCUAGGGUUUGGAUGUGGGACGGGGCCCCACAAGGGCUUGCUGAUGGCAUAGUGGAGUACGUGGCGGAGAUGGCCGGCUUCCGCUGCGAGGUGGUGGCGGACCGCGGGAAAAUGCUGGAAUGUGAGGAGCCUAGCGGUGGGGGUUGGUGGUGGGAGGGUAAGGACCCUACACGUGUUGCACGUUUGUUGCGUUAUUGUGAGAAAUACAAGAUGGGAUUCAUCCAACGGUUGAAUGAAGCUAUGAGAGACACGUGGCGUGAUCAAAUGGUGGAUGAGGUAUUAGGGAUGCCAUUUAUGGAGGUUUUUUGUGGUCACUUGAAUAAAAAAUAA